UAUGAGAUGUCUAUUAAAACGGUGCGCCUCGAAAGGGAAUAUGAAAGAGCGCUUGCAGAUUCCGCUCGUAUUCUUGAUCUUGAAAAAGAUAGAGUGAGACGCAUGGAGCACUUGCUUCUUCAAUUUGAGAGCGAAGACCUACGUUCCCAGUUGGACCAAGCCAACACGCAGCUAUCUGAUAUGACGCGCAUCGAUUCGGAUACACUUGCUCAAUUGAAAAACGCUUAUCAGGAUAUCGAUCGCCUUGAUCGCCAUGUUCAGUCAUCGUCCAGCGAAAAUGAAAGGUUAAAGGGGGAAAUAUCUGCUAUGAAUAAUACUUCGACAAACUACAACUCACUUCUUUUAGAGAAAAUGCAGCUCGCCCGAGAUCUAUCAAACAUGAAAUUUGAGCUAGAUCGGAUCAAAACUCAAAGCUCCUUACAGCAAGCGUCGAAUCCGGGCAGACAGGACCUGGAACGGCAUAUAAAUUCCCUUGAAGUUCAGCUAGAGGAUGAAAGGCAUGCACAUGAGCGAACCCGGGCGAAGCACCUGCAGCAGGCAGCGGAGACCAAUACGCUGGCAACUCGAAUUGAGGACCUUCAGUCCGAACUUUCAAGACAAUCACGAGCGAAGCAACAACAUGACCGAGAACUUCGGCAGCAUGAAAUAAACUGGGAAAAGCAGCGAGCAGUAUUGGAGAACAAGAUUGAGACCCUGAGAAAGCAGCUACGGACGGCAAAAGAUAAAUUACAAGCGGCGCAAAAUGAUCUACAACAGAGGCGCAAUAAUCCUAGAGACCAGGACGCUGAUGUUCUUGAGUCACGGCCUCGGGUGGUCUCUGCGCAGCCUGGUGAACCCAGCACAGAUCACCAGGGUGGAGUUACGAUCGCAACGCCCGGAGCUGUGCGAGUGCAAGAAAAGAUAAAAAGACAGUCCGCAUUGCCUGGCGACAAAUCGGCAUUUUCAAUCACGCCAUUCCUCAACCGUACUGGUGCACGCAGGGAUUCUUCAGACAGUUCAGACAGUUCAGGCAGUUCGGGUGUGGAUAACAAAGAAGCCAGACGAGCGGUGGCAGGAAGUCAUUCACCACCCAAAAGCCAAAACACACAUAAUGGGGAUUCUUCCCCAUCAAACCAUCAAGCUGCAGCACGAAGCCUUUUCAAGGGAACACAGCUGAAUGCCCAGCCACGGAAGGACACCUCUGCUGUCAUGGAAGCAACAACAAACCAGCCAAAGAAAACUAUCAAUCGGAUUGAUGAGAAAGUGCCCAUUAAAGAAUCACUGGAGCCUCAAGACUCUGCGCAUACACAGCAAGGACAAGCGAAGCCCAGAAAACGUAAGCUCGGGGUUCAACGGGAUCGCAAUCCCUUUGAAGAUGAGGAGGAAGAAAUCUUUGAAAGUCGAAAGCAAGGGCGCAAAGUUGGACUAGGAGCUGGGCGUCCCUCUGUACUGGGAACUGGACAAAUGCUCGGUGCAUCUUCCAGUGACCGACCGCCAAAAGCCUUGGGAUUUGGAGGGUUCUCGCCCUUGAAACGAGAUCGUAGGAGAUAA